AUGUGCACGAGCUUUGCUGAUACAUCCGAUUCUCUGUGCGACUCACUAGCUCUGUGUGCACGUCGCCUAGCAACGACAUUCGUUGAUCCGAAUGCCCUAGAGGCCUACCUAGCCUCGAGGCUAAUCCCUCUCGACAAACACCCGGGCGUGAGGCCGAUCGGCAUAGGCGAGGUGCUUCGUCGUGUAGUGGGGAAGGCGAUUCUUCACGUCAUCAGCGCAGACAUCCAGGAAGCUGCUGGUGGUUUGCAGCUGUGUGCCGGGCAGGAUUUCGGUAUUGAGGCCGCAAUUCACGCUAUGCAUGAUGUAUACGACCAGGAGGACACCCAGGGCAUCAUCAUGGCUGAUGCAACUAAUGCGUUCAACAACAUCAAUCGCGCCGCCUGCCUACGGAAUGUGCAGCACCUAUGCCCCUCGUUUGCCACGGUUGUAAUCAACACCUACCGUCAGCCCAGCAAUCUCUACGUGGAUGGUGAAUGUAUUCAUUCCAAUGAGGGCACAACACAGGGCGACCCCAUUGCGAUGCCGUUAUAUGCGAUCGGCGUAGUCCCUCUCAUCCGGGAGAUCGUAACACCCGGCGCCUGCCAGCUAUGGUAUGCGGACGAUUCGUCCACAGGUGGCCGACUCGUUCCUCUCCGAACCUGGUGGGACAAACUGCACGACAGAGGGCCUGAUUUCGGAUACUUCCUCAACCCAGCAAAGUCCGUGCUCGUGGUGAAGCCUGACGACUACGAUGAAGCUGUCCAGCUGUUCGACGGCACAGGCAUCCACAUCACCGCCACAGGCAACCGCUACCUGGGUUCAGCCAUAGGCACACCUGCGUUUGUCGAAGACUACGUACACGAGAAAGCCCGGGACUGGUGUGGGCAGGUAGAAUCACUGACAUCAACCGCCCUGCCUCAGCCACAAGCAGCCUAUUCUGCUUUCACCCGAGGCCUCUCCAGCCGCUGGUCUUUCCUCUGCCGGGUACUCGAAAGUGCGUCUGCUGGCCUUGCUUCACUGGAGCGGGUCAUUGCCACGAAGCUCCUCCCAGCUCUCACAGGCCAGGAAAUCAGCUCUGAGCUCCGCACCCUUUUCUCCUUCCCCUGCCGGAACGGUGGUCUAGGAAUAUUGGAUCCCACCUCUCUGUCGGCCCAGUACCAAUCCUCACGUGCCAUCACUGCUCCUAUGGUUGCCAACAUCCUCACCCAGAGUUUCAACCUGGGCGACUCUUUGGCAGAGGUCGCCAGCCUGAAGGCCUCUAACCGCAAGGAUGUGAAGGCAGCUGCCACGGAAGCCCUUCGCCAAUUCACCGCCCGAGCCUCCUCUGCCCUCCAGCACUCCAUCAACCUUGGCAGUGAGGCGGGUGCGUCCAGGUGGCUCACGUGUCGCCCCCUCAGUCGGCAUGGGUUCAGCUUGUCAAAAUGUGAAUUUCGCGAUGGUCUGGCAUUGCGGUAUGGCUGGCACCCUGCACGGCUCCCUUCUACUUGUGUCUGUGGUGCCACCUUCUCUGUUGAGCAUGCUCUCUCUUGCCCCACUGGUGGUUUCCCGACGCUUCGCCACAAUGAGGUACGGGACAUCAUCGCUGGCCAACUGAAGAAGGUGGCACACAGCGUAGAAGUAGAGCCUCAUCUCCAACCCCUCACCGGCGAGCUUUUCCGCUACCGGACGGCGUCCACCGAGGAUCAAGCCCGUCUGGAUGUGGCGGCGAGUGGCGUGUGGGGAGGACGGUUUGAACGCGUUUAUCUUGAUGUACGGGUGUUUAACCCUUUCGCUCCUUCAAACCGUUCCUCUUCUCUCGCUGCUCGCUACCAGAGCCAUGAGCGAGAGAAGCGUCGCAGGUAUGGUCAGAGGGUGCAAGAAGUUGAGCGAGCCUCCUUCGUACCUGUCGUAUUCUCAGCCACAGGUGGAGCCGGUCGAGCUGCUUCCGCUCUUCUCAAGCGAAUUGCUGCUCUGUCUGCUGAGAAAUCCGGAGAGCCAUACGCAAUGGUGAUGGCGUUGCUGCGUUGUCGUCUUGGUUUUGGUCUCCUGCGUGCCAGUGUUGCCUGCCUUCGUGGUGCCCGGCGGAUGCGCCGCGUCAAUGAUCAGUCUGCUGUCCUCGCAAACGCGGAGGCUGCAUUGAUUUAA